AGGCGUUAGUGAAGGACCUGACCGAUCCUGCAUCCGUGACCUUCCCGACUGCCGCGCGUGCACGCUGCAUUCUCUUUGGUCAAGAUCUUAUCGCAUCUAUCGCAGCACCAUCGGUCAAGCACGUCAGCAUGGCAUCGCACACAUGGCAACCGAGACUAGCACUGCUGGCCCUUCUCGGCAUCAGCGCGGCCCUUGCUGGGCAGAUCAGAGUCCUGGAGCCCCCUGAUCUCGUCAAGCAGUUCCCGGGCGGCGUCAUCGAGGGCAGCACCGCCGCGUUCGGCACACCGGUAAGCGCACGGGAGCGGCAGGAAGAUGCACACAUGAGACGGAGAGCAGAGGCAAACGAGACACGCAUGAGGAUGCCAAUCGGGCUUUGUGUGUCUUGCUUUUCGGCUGUCAGUACUACGGUGAGAGGGUGACUGGUCGUCUGGUUUUUGGCGAGAGUCAGCAGGGCGAGCUUCACUGCCGCAAAGAGGACUACGAGGUGCCGCCCCCCAUGAUGCCCGAGUUGCCCAACAUCGUGUUGGUGCGGCGGGGCCAAUGCAACUUCGUUACCAAGGUGCGAGUGGCGCAGGAGUUUAAGUACGCGAAAGCAGUCAUCGUGGCCGACACCGCAAAGGCCAACCGCACCACCACGCAGAUCAAACGCAUCAUCAUGGCCGAUGGUCAGCGAAGACUCACAGACAGACAGACAGACAGGGAGGGAGGGAGGGGCAGUGGGUGCAUUUGUGUGUGUGUGGUGUUAUGUGUGAUCAUGUCCGUCAGAUGGUUGGGGCGAGACGGUGACCAUUCCGUCCAUUCUGAUCACCGACAGGGCGGCCGAGAAGAUCCUGGACGUGAUCCUCCCUCCCGUCAAUGAAACCGUCAUCAUCGAGCUCUCAUGGGACAUCCCUGUGGUGGGAAGGAGAACACGAGAAGCCUCACACGGGAAGCGGCCAGUCUGCGUGGCUGCCUUGUGUGUGUUCGUCUGUCCUCAGGACGAGACCGUGUUGAUGGACUUCUGGCUGACCCCUGCUGUCGAGAAGAGCGUCCAGUUCCUCCAGGAGUACUCCAAAUACGCACGACAACUGCAGCACAGGGUAGCCAGCCGCCCUACCAACUCACACAGACACACAGCGCACCCUUCGUCUCCUUUUCCUUCCCCUGUUAAAUUAUGUCAGCUGGACUUCCGCCCUCACUACUGGAUCUUCUCUCUCCCGAAGGACUACAAGGAGCUCUGCACCGACGAGGAGGCCAAGUACUGCGCACUGGACCCAGACUUCGCCGGCUCCGUCACGGGCAAAAUGAUCGUCGAGGAAUCACUGCGGUGAGACAGAAUCACACACAUAUGGACGUGCACAUGGUUGGUGUGACCUUCACCUGUGUGUGUGUGUGUGUGUGCGUGUGGUUGCAGUCAACUGUGUCUGUGGGACACGACGGCCACUCGUGUGAAAGGAGAUGAGGACCGCAGCGGCAAAUACUCGGAGCUCUGGUGGAAGUACGUCGAGAGGUUCCCUGAAGCGUACGCUCGCACGCGCGCACACCAACACGCAGACCCAGACAGAACACGCGCACAUCGCCUUCUCUCUCUCUGUGGUGUCAGGUGCAAGACUGACAUGUCGGAUGAGAGCACCAGCGACGACAGGAACACCACCCAGUUCGGGCAGGCCUGCUCAUACAAGCUCAUGAAGGACGUGGGUGCCGACAUCGGCCGGGUGCAGAAUUGCGUCGACAAGAGGUCCAAGGAGCUGCUGGACCUGCAGCGGCAGACGCACGCGUGGAGCCCCACCGCCAUGCGCAUCAACGAGAUGAGGUACAGCGGCCCGCUUGACCCCGAGAUCGUCACCAAGGCCGUCUGCUCGGCCUUCAAAGACCCACCACAGGUGCGUGAGAUGUGAAGGCACAUGAGGCAGACGGGGAGCAGUGGGCUGCAUCUGUAUGGUGCGUGUGUAUGUGUUUCUCAUUCAUGUCAGGAGUGCUCGAAGCUGCUGAACCUGAAGGCCGUUGAGCUGCAGCAGCUGGAGAACGAUAUUGAGAAGUCGGCGGGUGUGCCCUGGUGGGUGGUCCUUAUCGGGACCCUCGGCGCCAUCCUUUUUGUCAUCUUCCUCUUCGUCCUGUACAGGUGCGUGCGGCACCUCACACACACACACACACACACGCACCCAGGACCACAGACAGGGAGCGUAUGUCGAUUAUGUCGACCAUGUGUGUGUUGGCGUGGCGUGUGUGGUGGUGUACAGAUGUUGGGUGGUUCGUAGUUUGCGGAAGUCGCUUCGGUACGAGAUCAUGAACGAGGUCAAGCAGCAGAUGCACACGGCCGACACCUCAUCCAACGUGGGCGACAGCUACCCACCAUCAACACGGAGCGGCACCUCCAUCUGAGCCGCUGAAUAGCUAC